AUGUACGCGCCCUGUAGUCAGAGAGUCCUGCAGGUGGAGCAGGUGGAGCAGGAGGAGCAGGUGGAGCAGCUGGAGCAGGAGGAGCAGCUGGAGCAGGUGGAGCAGGAGGAGCAGGAGGAGCAGGUGGAGCGGGUGGAGCAGGAGGAGCAGGUGGAGCAGGUGGAGCGGGUGGAGCAGGAGGAGCAGGUGGAGCAGGUGGAGCAGGAGGAGCAGGUGGAGCAGGUGGAGCAGGAGGAGCAGGUGGAGCAGGUGGAGCAGGAGGAGCAGGUGGAGCAGGAGGAGCAGGUGGAGCAGGAGGAGCAGGAGGAGCUGGUGGAGCAGGUGGAGCAGGAGGAGCAGGUGGAGCAGGAGGAGCAGGUGGAGCAGGAGGAGCAGGUGGAGCAGGUGGAGCAGGAGGAGCAGGUGGAGCAGGAGGAGCAGGAGGAGCAGGUGGAGCAGGAGGAGCAGGAGGAGCUGGUGGAGCAGGAGGAGCAGGUGGAGCAGCUGGAGCAGGAGGAGCAGCUGGAGCAGGAGGAGCAGCUGGAGCAGGUGGAGCAGGUGGAGCAGCUGGAGCAGGAGGAGCAGGUGGAGCAGGAGGAGCAGGUGGAGCAGGAGGAGCAGGUGGAGCAGGAGGAGCAGGAGGAGCUGGUGGAGCAGGAGGAGCAGGUGGAGCAGGUGGAGCAGCUGGAGCAGGUGGAGCAGGUGGAGCAGCUGGAGCAGGAGGAGCAGCUGGAGCAGGAGGAGCAGGUGGAGCAGGAGGAGCAGGUGGAGCAGGAGGAGCAGGUGGAGCAGGAGGAGCAGGAGGAGCUGGUGGAGCAGGAGGAGCAGGUGGAGCAGCUGGAGCAGGAGGAGCAGCUGGAGCAGGAGGAGCAGGUGGAGCAGGAGGAGCAGGUGGAGCAGGAGGAGCAGGUGGAGCAGGAGGAGCAGGUGGAGCGGGUGGAGCAGGAGGAGCGGGAGGAGCAGGUGGAGCAGGAGGAGCGGGUGGAGCAGGAGGAGCAGGUGGAGCAGGUGGAGCGGGUGGAGCAGGAGGAGCAGGAGGAGCAGGUGGAGCAGGAGGAGCGGGUGGAGCAGGUGGAGCAGGAGGAGCAGGAGGAGCAGGUGGAGCAGGUGGAGCAGGUGGAGCAGGAGGAGCAGGUGGAGCAGGAGGAGCAGGUGGAGCAGGUGGAGCAGGAGGAGCAGGUGGAGCAGGUGGAGCAGGAGGAGCAGGUGGAGCAGGAGGAGCAGGUGGAGCAGGAGGAGCAGGAGGAGCUGGUGGAGCAGGAGGAGCAGGUGGAGCAGCUGGAGCAGGAGGAGCAGCUGGAGCAGGAGGAGCAGCUGGAGCAGGAGGAGCAGCUGGAGCAGGUGGAGCAGGUGGAGCAGCUGGAGCAGGAGGAGCAGGUGGAGCAGGAGGAGCAGGUGGAGCAGGAGGAGCAGGUGGAGCAGGAGGAGCAGGAGGAGCUGGUGGAGCAGGAGGAGCAGGUGGAGCAGGUGGAGCAGCUGGAGCAGGUGGAGCAGGUGGAGCAGCUGGAGCAGGAGGAGCAGGUGGAGCAGGUGGAGCAGGAGGAGCAGGUGGAGCAGGAGGAGCAGGUGGAGCAGGAGGAGCAGGAGGAGCUGGUGGAGCAGGAGGAGCAGGUGGAGCAGCUGGAGCAGGAGGAGCAGCUGGAGCAGGAGGAGCAGCUGGAGCAGGAGGAGCAGGUGGAGCAGGAGGAGCAGGUGGAGCAGGAGGAGCAGGUGGAGCAGGAGGAGCAGGUGGAGCGGGUGGAGCAGGAGGAGCGGGAGGAGCAGGUGGAGCAGGAGGAGCGGGUGGAGCAGGAGGAGCAGGUGGAGCAGGUGGAGCGGGUGGAGCAGGAGGAGCAGGAGGAGCAGGUGGAGCAGGAGGAGCGGGUGGAGCAGGAGGAGCAGGUGGAGCAGGAGGAGCAGGUGGAGCAGGAGGAGCAGGAGGAGCAGGUGGAGCAGGUGGAGCAGGUGGAGCAGGAGGAGCAGGUGGAGCAGGAGGAGCAGGUGGAGCAGGUGGAGCAGGUGGAGCAGGAGGAGCGGGUGGAGCAGGAGGAGCAGGUGGAGCAGCUGGAGCAGGAGGAGCAGCUGGAGCAGGAGGAGCAAGUGGAGCAGGUGGAGCAGCUGGAGCAGGAGGAGCAGCUGGAGCAGGAGGAGCAGGUGGAGCAGGAGGAGCAGGUGGAGCAGGAGGAGCAGGUGGAGCAGGAGGAGCAGGUGGAGCAGGUGGAGCAGGGGGAGCAGGAGGAGCAGGAGGAGCAGGAGGAGCAGGUGGAGCAGGAGGAGCAGGAGGAGCAGGUGGAGCAGGUGGAGCAGGGGGAGCAGGAGGAGCAGGAGGAGCAGGUGGAGCAGGAGGAGCAGGAGGAGCAGGAGGAGCAGGUGGAGCAGGAGGAGCGGGUGGAGCAGGAGGAGCAGGAGGAGCAGGUGGAGCAGGAGGAGCAGGUGGAGCAGGAGGAGCGGGUGGAGCAGGAGGAGCAGGUGGAGCAGGAGGAGCAGGUGGAGCAGGAGGAGCAGGUGGAGCAGGUGGAGCAGGAGGAGCAGGUGGAGCAGGAGGAGCAGGUGGAGCAGGUGGAGCAGGAGGAGCGGGGGGAGCAGGAGGAGCAGGUGGAGCAGCUGGAGCAGGAGGAGCAGGUGGAGCAGGAGGAGCAGGUGGAGCAGCUGGAGCAGGUGGAGCAGGAGGAGCGGGUGGAGCAGGAGGAGCAGCUGGAGCAGCUGGAGGAGGAGGAGCAGGUGGAGCAGGAGGAGCAGGAGGAGCAGGAGGAGCAGGUGGAGCAGGAGGAGCGGGUGGAGCAGGUGGAGCAGGAGGAGCAGGAGGAGCAGGUGGAGCAGGAGGAGCAGGAGGAGCAGGUGGAGCAGGAGGAGCGGGUGGAGCAGGAGGAGCAGGUGGAGCAGGAGGAGCAGGUGGAGCAGGAGGAGCAGGUGGAGCAGGUGGAGCAGGAGGAGCAGGUGGAGCAGGAGGAGCAGGUGGAGCAGGAGGAGCAGGAGGAGCAGGUGGAGCAGGUGGAGCAGGGGGAGCAGGAGGAGCAGGAGGAGCAGGUGGAGCAGGAGGAGCAGGAGGAGCAGGAGGAGCAGGUGGAGCAGGAGGAGCGGGUGGAGCAGGAGGAGCAGGAGGAGCAGGUGGAGCAGGAGGAGCAGGUGGAGCAGGAGGAGCGGGUGGAGCAGGAGGAGCAGGUGGAGCAGGAGGAGCAGGUGGAGCAGGAGGAGCAGGUGGAGCAGGUGGAGCAGGAGGAGCAGGUGGAGCAGGAGGAGCAGGUGGAGCAGGUGGAGCAGGAGGAGCGGGUGGAGCAGGAGGAGCAGGUGGAGCAGCUGGAGCAGGAGGAGCAGGUGGAGCAGGAGGAGCAGGUGGAGCAGCUGGAGCAGGUGGAGCAGGAGGAGCGGGUGGAGCAGGAGGAGCAGCUGGAGCAGCUGGAGGAGGAGGAGCAGGUGGAGCAGGAGGAGCAGGAGGAGCAGGAGGAGCAGGUGGAGCAGGAGGAGCGGGUGGAGCAGGUGGAGCAGGAGGAGCAGGAGGAGCAGGUGGAGCAGGAGGAGCAGGAGGAGCAGGUGGAGCAGGAGGAGCGGGUGGAGCAGGAGGAGCAGGUGGAGCAGGAGGAGCAGGUGGAGCAGGAGGAGCAGGAGGAGCAGGUGGAGCAGGAGGAGCAGGAGGAGCAGGAGGAGCAGGUGGAGCUGGGAGAGCUUGUCCUGGAGCAGGGAUGGCAGGAUCCUUUCACCGCGGGGUCAGUAGCUUUGGCCUUCUGCAGUGGAGAAGUACUGCCUUCACUCCAAUCAGCUUUCACCGCGGGGUCAGUAGCUUUGGCCUUCUGCAGUGGAGAAGUACUGCCUUCACUCCAAUCAGCUUUCACCGCGGGGUCAGUAGCUUUGGCCUUCUGCAGUGGAGAAGUACUGCCUUCACUCCAAUCAGCUUUCACCGUGGGGUCAGUAGCUUUGGCCUUCUGCAGUGGAGAAGUACUGCCUUCACUCCAAUCAGCUUUCACCGCGGGGUCAGUAGCUUUGGCCUUCUGCAGUGGAGAAGUACUGCCUUCACUCCAAUCAGCUUUCACCGUGGGGUCAGUAGCUUUGGCCUUCUGCAGUGGAGAAGUGAGCCCAGAGAUGAAGAGGAGCAGUCACAGAAUGGAGGACGACCAGACUUUGGCCGAGGUGACCCGGAGGCUGCAGUCGCUCUCUCUCUCUAUGGACUCGCUCAGAGAGAUCUCGUCUCGUUUUACUCGGGACAUGAUCCGAGGUCUGGACAAACAAACUCAUCACAAAGCUCCGGUCAAGAUGCUGCCCACGUUUGUGAGAGCAACUCCGGACGGAACAGUGACUGUGUCUGCUAGUGACUACUGA